AUUUCGUUUGAACAUCUGUACUUGCGGGUUUUUUUUUUCACCAGGCAAAAUACUAUUGUGUAAUUUUUAAUUAGCUAGUAUAUAUAUUAAACAAGUUUAGUGUGUUAAUAAAAUCCUAUACAUAUUAAAUAAAUAAUGGCCUAAAUAUCUACUUGUAUAUCAUUAGAUAUUCACAAAAAUUGCAAGUAAACAACUAACCCAUGAUCUCACCAAUUCCCCAUUAUUGUCGACCAAACAUGAAGGGGACCCACAUAAGAUUUUUACUUCAACUACUGGAUAAUAACCAUGCUUGGCUGAUGAGUAAAGUAUGGGUUGUUUGACUUGGAGGCAUCAUAAGAACACAUGACUAAUGAUAUGAGAUCAUUUACUAGGAAAAAAAAAACACAAACACAACACUCUUCUCUACUUUCUCAACCUCACGAGACACACACACAACAUAUCCUUUUCUUUCCAACUUUUCUUCAAGAAUACAAGGUGAACCAUGGGGUCCUAAGACGAUCUAAGGUGUCUCAAGGAAGAAGGAGCAUACUAGGAGCCAUCUUUAAUUCACCUCAAGCUAUCUUUCAUCAUUUAGGAUCGUGUUCUUCCCUAGACUAAGAUCUAGUGGUCGGGAAUUAUUUUGGACAUUUGGUUUUGCUAGCAUACGCACGGAACGCAGUUUGUAAGUGAAAUUUGGUUCGUGGCUUUAAGAAGUUGCAUGCAUCAUGGACGAUACCUUUUGGGGGUUUUGCCUUGUAUAUUUCAUCGUAUCGGAAAUAUACUUGACAAAUCCUAGGAACUUUAUAAACAAUAUAACUUUUGCUCGUAUGUGUUUUUGAAACUGGAAGUUGUGUAAACUAAAUAUAUUGUUAUGGUUUGUAAACUUUAAACUUCGGUAUCGUUGAUGCUUAAUCAUAUUAGUUGUUUGCUUAUCGUAUGCUUGAAAUCCUUUCAUGGUCGCACCUUGCGUUUCCGCCUUCGGCGGGGUGUGACAGAUUGGUAUCAGAGCCUCGAUUAUAGCGAACUAGGAUUCGGUCUCGAGUCUAGACUAUAAUCUCAUAUCUAGGUGCCACGCAUUAAACGUUUUCACUUGCCUGAAAAGUUUCAUUGCAUUGCAUCACGUUCAUGGUUGGGUCUACGAGUCGUAGGCGGGAUUCAUGGUUUAGUCUACUUAGUGUAGAAAGGAGUUUUGGGUAUACAUGGUUUGGUCUAUAUUGUAUAGGCAAGUUAUUUGGUUCAUGUGGAGGGUUUUGUGAUUUAUAUACAUAUAUAUAAUUUAUAUAUACAUGUGUUUGUACGGAUUAUCUUGCCAGGUCACGAUGUCGUCAGCUUCAGAUCCUAUCGACAUUUCAGAUUCAGACGAGGGGAUUAUUGACCUCGUGUCCGAUGAGGAGGUGAUCGAGUUGGAGUCGGAUGAUGAGCCCGCUAUGGAAGUAGUGCCGGAGACGGAUACUGAGCCGGAGGAGGAUCCGGACUACGUGUCUGUCGAUGUGCUGAGUGGCGUUAGUGGUGAGGGGGAGAUAAUAGCCUUAGGUGGCCCUGUGCUGAUGGAUGAUAUUCUCGAUCUGGGGGAUGUUCUAGUCCCUGGUGUAGUUGUCGUAGGUCACCCCGAUGGACACCUUAUUAUUGACAUCCCUCCCCUUGCGAUUGAGGUCCCUCGUGUUGAUGUCCCUGCUGGUGGGGACAAGGUUCCAGUGUUUCAUGUUGAUCAUGUCGACGAUGACAUAGGAGUGGGCGAGGCGUUUGAUAUUGCGAUUCUAGAGGUCUCUUCCCCAGUUGUGUCCGUCAUGGACAUUUCAUCUUCCGACACUACUGAUAGUGUAUCUUCUUCUGCUCUUAGAGCCAUAGGUCCUAGUGCUCACGCUACGGACUGUGGCACUGCUGCAGAGCUUAUAGCUCCCACUACUCUCGAGAUGGGUGGACCGUCUCGCGCUAUUCUUGCUCAAGUCGAUGAUGAGAGAGUUAGCGAGCCCAGGAGGGAGAUUCCUUCUGUUUUUGAGAUUGGAGGACCUUCAUGUCCCGCUACAGCCAGCCCUUUCAUUGAGAGAUUCCGAGCUGCUGGCUUUCUUGUGCCCCCAAAGCUCGAGACGGGCGGACCUUCUCGACCCCCAACCACCAUGUCUCCUUCCGAUCCUUGCUACCGUUCUCCCAUGUUUCCACCCACCCUCGAGGAGAGGAUAGAUUCUAUUGAGAUGCUCCUACAUGUGUUUAUGCAUAGGAUUGAUAGGGAGUUGGAUGUUAUACGACAGUGAAGAAUCAACGAUGCCGAACAGAUGAUUAUCCUCACCUCAGCUUCAGCACGCCACGAUGUCACUUUUGGUAUGACGGAUUCUAAUAUUUCAGAGGUUCAGGCUAGGGUGACUACACUCUCUCAUGGGAUGAGAGUUAUCGAGGAGGACUUAGCUAGAGUCAGAGCGGCACUCGAGACACGACCACCCCACCCCCCACCUCAGUAGUAGUGAUGUGAUGAUCUUACUUUUGGUUACGAAGAUUGCUCGUGGAAGAAAUUUUACCUUUUUGUAUAUUGUCUAAACUUGUAAGCCAAGGUGAUGUAGCCUUGAGCUCUUUUGGAUCUUUCACGAAACAAUGUAACAAGUUUGAAUGAUAUGUAAAUUAUGGUAUUUUCUUUUGAUGCGUUGUAUUUUGUUCUUUUCAUGAUUAUUAUGAUGUUGUGGUUGUUAUGGUGUGGUACUUUUAUGACACUGCAAUUAUUAUGAUGGUGAUUAAUCAUAUAAUUGUUAUUACUCGUGCACUCAUGAUUGUCGGUGAUACUUGUCAAUGUCAUCAUAUGGUUAUUACGAUUGGUUGUAUUCUUAUAUUCGUACAUGGUUGGCAAUAUUUGUUGAAAUAUAUGUCUAAAAUUCU